AUGGCCACGGCGAGCGAUAAAGCUCGCUUUUAUCUGGAGAAGCUUGUACCGGAAUUCAAGGAGUACGAGAAGAAAAAGAUAUUUUCAAAGGAUGAAAUUGCAGCGAUCCUGAAGAAACGAUCUGAUUUUGAGCAUAGAAUCAAUGCGACAGGGCCCAAACCUGCAGAUUACGCCCAGUAUGCGGCGUACGAAAUGAACCUGGACACCCUGCGACGGAAGCGGAUAAAACGACUAGGCGUUAAAUCACCCAUGCAUUCUGGCCAGAGACGGGUAUUUUUCAUUCUCGACCGCGCAACGAAGAAGUUCUACGGCGAUAUCAGCCUAUGGAUGCAGUACAUCGAAUAUGCCAGGCGGCAGAAGGCGUAUAAGAAGCUCGGUCGGAUUUUUAUGAAUGCGCUGCGAUUACAUCCUACGAAGGUCGAGCUGUGGAUAUAUGCAGCCCGAUAUGCGCUGGAAGACCACGGGGAUAUGACACAGGCACGCAGUUAUAUGCAGCGGGGUCUGAGGUUUUGCAAGAGCUCUAAAUUACUUUGGCUGCAGUAUGCUAAGCUUGAAAUGCUAUAUAUCACGCGGAUCACAACGCGGCAACAGAUUCUGGGCCUGGAUGGUACUCGAAAAUCUUCCUCGAUGCCUGCUGACUCUGCAACGGAUCCGAAUGCAGAUGUUAUUGCCCUUCCGGUUGUGACGGAAGAAGAUAUCAACCCAAGCCUCGGGAAGGAAGAUGGAGUUGACGAGGCCGCCCUUGAAAACCUCAACUCAACACCCGCUCUCACUGGAGCUAUUCCCAUCGCAAUCUUCGAUGCUGCUAUGAAACGGUUCGGUAACGACGAUGCCAUUGGCCGUGACUUUUAUGUCAUGGUCUCCGAGUUUACAAACACGCCCUGCCUUCGCAGGGUGCUCGGCCACAUUGUCGAAUUUAUGAUGGCAGAAAAUGCAACAAGUCCCAACGCACAGAUAUGUUAUAUCAUGUUCCCCACGGCUGGUAUCGAGGUAACUUCUGCGCGAUUCCCGCAAGCAUUUGGUACCUCCCUUAGUCGAUUAAAAGAAUGCAAGAGCCACAACAUCGCUGGAAACAAAAGCCUAGCGAAGGAGGUUGUCUCCUGGCUACAACCAUUGAUGACGCUAGAGAGACUCGAUCCAGAUCUGCAAAAGGUGAUGAGGGCAACCCUGCGAAAUGUUGAAGGAUCGUUGAGUUGA